AGAUUUCAGAGCCUUUGUGCAGGUGUGGGAGGGUGGGCUCCUGCCGUCAGGGUGGCCCGGCCCAGCAUACACCACAGCAACAGCAAGGAGAGAGGAGCAGCGUGGACUGAGGACCAUGCAGCUGCUCCUGCUGACCACGGGGCUGAGCCUCUUCUCUGCCAUGCAAACUGAACGGCUCCCUCUGAUGCCUGCUGGUUCUGAAGAGCUUUUAGGAACCUGGCACAUAAUACGAUGGGCAGGAGACAUGCCUAUUCCCGCAAAGAAGAAGACCAGCCCCCUGCCGCCCUUCAGAUUCAUCAAGAACAGAAUCAAUAAGUUGGAGUUUAGGAUGAACAUCAAGAAACCCACCGGAUGUUUUCUAUUCAGGCUGCCUCUGGAUGAAUUUGAUACCAUUGGCAUUUUCCAUGCCUGGUCAGGGCAUUUCAUUGUCAUCCAGUUCCUGCUGAGGAAGGAUCAUGCCAUUGCCUACUACCAGGGCAAGAUGGACAAUACCAUCUACAAGAUGAUGAUGCUUGUGGGCCGCACUCUGGAUGAAAACUCAGACAUCCUGAGGUUCUUUGAGAUGUUUGUGGAGGAGAGAGGACUGAAAAAAGCACUAAUCAUCAGCCCUCCUCAUGCUGACAACUGUGAGUUGACCAGAGAUUACUAAGGUAUGGAGGGACCACUGCAAAUGCUGCCUAGGAGUGAGGACCUAGGCCCACGACCACGUUCGCCCAACCGCAAGCAGAGCUCCCAGGACCCACACCUUGUCACGUUUCUCCUUUCAAUAAAGGCGGCAGAUGU